AGUCAGAGACCAGAAAGUAGGUUCCACCAUCUCCUCUUGGAGAUGGCAGCAAGCUGAGACAAAAGAGGCUUACAUGGCAAGUCUCUAGGUUUCACGCGAUCUGCUGCCUUUGUAACUUAGAAGACCAUCAUGGAUGUGGAUAUAGACACCGAAGAACUCCUCACUGAAGAAAAGCCAAAAAAUUAUAGCCAGCCUGAUGUUCUGUGUCACACAUUUGACUUUCUCUCUAACGUUCAUAAGUUGCUCCCAAAUCACCUGGUGGAAGUGCUUCACUCCUACAGAAGCGAAGAGGACAAGAUCAAAUGUGAGAAGCCUGAAUUCUCUGGCCUAGAAAAGAUCUUAGCAAGACAUCAGUUGCCAAAAGAGAUUGGUCUCUCCCCAAAGCCAAGCCUUAUACCCUCGUGGAAAAGAAAAAUAAUCAACAAUAUCAGUGGCAACUGGAAGAAAUGUCACCUGUGGCAGAAAAGCAUCUAUGAGCCGCCCAUGAGCACCAUCAUUGCCAGCUAGAUUUAAAAAAUCUAUAGAGUGAGAUUGUGUCUCCUAGUAACAUCAGAAGCUGUAUCUAUAAAGUCUCACCAAUAUGACUGCCCAAAUGUGAGCUGAACAAGAGUGACACCAAUGGAUAUGCCAGAGUGGACACAGAAAAGCACACAAGGCUUCACCCCUAUAUGAAGAACUAUAGCCAAGUGAAGAAAGCUAGGGGCGGA